AUGGACCACAUCAAACAAGCGCUUGCCGCCAUGUACUCGCCCACUGCGGCGCAGCACGAGAAGAAGCAGGCGACCGAGUUUUUGGAGCUGUUCCAAAAGUUGCCUGACGCAUGGCUGGUUGUUCAGAUUCUCUCCGAUUUACAAGAGCCGCUAGAGUACCGCAUGUUUGCGGCGCAAACGCUCAGAUCCAAGGCAACUUACGACUUGCUGCAGUUGCCCGAGUCGUCGUACGUGCAGUUGAAGGACUCGGUGCUUGACCUUCUCCGCACCUAUGCAUCCAAGGACAAGUUGAUUCGAACCCAGUUGUCCUUGACGCUUUGCCAGUUGGCCUUGCAGUACUUGCAGUGGGACAAUGCCAUGGACGAGAUCACCACGUGCUUGUCGGAAGCGGGCUCUGUACCGGCGUUGCUUGAGUUCUUGAAGAUCUUGCCCGAGGAAUUGACCGAGUCCAACAAAACUGCAUUGACAGACGACGAGUUCAACGCCCGCACGGCCGUUCUCAUCACUGAUAACGUCGAGCGCGUGCUACUGCUCUUGAAAACCUUGUACGAGCAGCAGGCUUGUGCGCCCGAGCUUCUUUUGGACUGUCUCAACAGCUGGCUCAAGGAAUGUCCCAUUGACAAAGUUUUGGGUGUCGACACGCUAGCUCAGCUUGUGUUCAAGCUGUUGGUACAAGAGGACACUUUUGAAAAAGCAUGCGAGUGUCUCAGUACGAUCUUGCGUGAGACUGGGGACAUGGACAACUACCAGCUCAUAGAUGCCAUCUACCAGCAGUUAUUGGAAGUGCACAGUUUCUACGCCAACCAGCCGGACAAGUUAGCGGAUCCAGAGGUGUUCAGCAUGCUUACCAAGCUUUAUGUGGAUGCCGGAGAGUCGUGGCAUGUCUUGAUAGCGAAAAACCCAGCGCAUUUCAAGCCGCUCGUGCAGAUUUUGUUGGAGUGCUGCCGAUACGACGAAGACUUGGACGUGGUCAAGUACACCUUCUACUUUUGGUACUUGCUCAAACAGAUGUUGACUUUGCCCAAGUUUGAAGACGCCCGCAGCGAAUUUUCGCCCAUUUACUUGCAGUUGAUUCUGGUGAUCAUCAAACACCUCUGCUAUCCAGUUGGCGCUGACCAGCAGCCACUGUUUUCCGACAAGGAAGAGCACGACAAGUUCAAAGACUUCCGCUACGAAAUGGGCGAUGUGCUCAAAGACUGCUGUGCUGUUGCCGGAGCCCAAAAAGCUCUUCGUGUUCCAUUUGAACAACUCCAGCAAUUGCUUGCACAGCCUGGUGCCCCAUGGCCGCUUGUUGAAGCGCCCUUGUUCAGCAUGCGUGUCAUGGCCAAGGAAGUUUCGCCUCGAGAGAACACCAUUUUGCCUACCAUCAUGCAGCUGCUCGUGCAAUUGCCCGAACACCCAAAAAUAAGAUACGCCACUACACUAGUGUUGGGUCGGUACUCCGAAUGGACUGCCCGCAACCCAAAGUUUUUGCAAGUGCAACUCCAGUACAUCAUCAAGGGCUUUGAAACCAGCGAUGCUGACCGAGACGUGUGUAACGCCGCAUGCCAGGCUCUUAUGUACUUCUGCCAAGACUGCGCCGAGCUUCUAACAGGCUAUUUGGACCAGUUGUAUGUGCUCUACCAGCAGGUACGCGGCCACAUCGAAGUGAAAUCUACAUAUGACUUGGUGGACGGUUUGGCUCAUGUGGUGAAGGAACUUCCUGCGUCAGAUCAGCUUGCGGCCACCCAAACAUUUUUGGAUCCCUCCGUGCAUAGAUUGGCCGAAUUGUGCGAUUCGGGCGACAAGAAUGACGACAAUACUGUGUCUGCAUUGCAUGACGAGGCAGAAAUUCUUAGCAUCUUCUUCAGGAUCGUGCGCUGUCUGAACUUUGACGCUACAACAUACCCUGCGGCAGAGUAUUUCGGCCAUACUGUGUGGCCGUUAAUAACCCGUGUUCUUGGCAAAUUCGGUACGGUUUUGAAAGUCUCAGAGCGGUUUGUCAAAGUGCUUAAAAACGCAAUCCAGAGUUGCUCCACAUAUCUCACCGCUUUGCUUCCUCAAAUAGCACAACUUCUUCACGACGGAUUCCGCACCACCUGUUUUGGCUGUUAUCUCUGGGUUUCUGGUGUGGCCAUCAGAGAGUUUGGCGAUGAGGUCAGCGGGGCCGAAACCCACGACGUGGUGUUCCAUUUGGGAGUUCAGCAGAGCAGUGUGUUUUUCAAUGUGGCCAAGUCUGAGGAUCUUCGCGGAAUGCCCGACGUCAUUGAAGAUUACUUCAACAUGGCCAGCGACUUGCUCAUGUAUUUCCCGGAGAAAGUUACACAUAACGGCGAGCUUCUCACGUCGAUUCUUGCUGCGGCAGAACUUGCUCUUUCCACCAGUGAAGAGCGUAAUCCAUUGAUGGCCGUGGUGCAUUUUUUCGUGGAUCUUGUGGCAUGGGGGUCCGAAUAUCCACCAGUGUCUUUCUUCGAAGGCGAUACCCAACUGGUGCAGCAGCAUGUCCAGAGCUUUCUUGUUGCAGAAGCACACGGGCAGCGCUUGGUGCAAAUGGUGUUGGAAGGUCUCAUUUACAAGUUCUACAAUGAUCCGGAUGCCAAUGAUCUUUUGGUGAAGAUUUUGAGUGUGGCGCCAGAUAAGACACAGGCCAUAACAUGGUUGCAACAGGCUGUUUCUGGUCUUGCCAACGUGAGUGAGAAGGAGGUGCACAAGCUUAUUAGUGCCAUCACCGUGGCACUUCCUAAUAAAGACAAUCGCCGUGUGCGUAUGGCCAUAAAGGAUUUCGUGAGCUGGUAUACACGGAAAAAUGUCAAUUCAAGGGCCAACUUCAGCUAA